AUGGUGACUAAGACAGUCUGUGAUGCCGACGGCUGGACGGACAAUCGCCUCGUCAUUUCCGACACGAGGCUUCGCCUGGAACCCGUAUCUGCCAUUGUCUCCGGUGAUGGGUUCGAGCAGGAAUCCGAAACGCCAAACGAGUAAAGCUCUUUUCUCAGCUAUCGUGUCUCCUUGUUCACGUCUACCUCUUCUCCCACUCUCGCUCCUGCCGCAUACCUCCCGCCGACCGCCACCCCCGUCACCGACGAUUACACCGUCGCUGCCCGGUCGCCACAACCCAGCGACACCCUCCACUCUGCCCUAAUUCCUCCAUCGACCGCAGCGGCUAGCAUCACUGCCACCACGAAUUCAUGCAUUCCCCCCACCGACGGGACGACGUCUGAUGUUCCAUCACCUUCUACCAUCACCAACAAUCCCGCCUCCGACGAUGUGGACUCAGUUCGUACCCGUCCCCAUUGCGAUCGCACAUUCACCUCACACAUCGACUUGGUCAGUCACUUGCGAAUCCCUCGCACGGAGACUGGCGAACCAGUGCCUGGAGCACCAAUCUACACUCAUCAUACCCACCUCAACUGCGCUCACUGCUUCCGUACAUUCAUUCACCGCAUAGGUUUAUAA